AUGUUCGCUCUCGAAACCGGAAACCGAACGCUGUCAAGGGUUGAUCGACACCAUCCCAUCAUCCCGAUUUUCUUUUUCUUCCACCUACUUAAACCCAGUUUCUCAAACUAUCACCUCAACUCCACCUGCAUCCACAUCCACACCUACAACCAAAAUGUCUACCACCACAACCUCAGUCAGCGCAACCAACACUGCCAGCUGCGGCGGCAGCGUCUGGCAAAUCCCAACAACAGACGCCGCCUGCGCCGCCAUCAUCAGCGGCAACGUCACCGACGUGAUGGACCAGUGCUGCAAGGACGCUUCCCCCGCAAGUACGACAACGACUGCGGCAUCUACUGUCUCGCCCAAGGCCAGGAUAUCGGCACCCUCCAGUCCUGCAUUACCAGCAAGAGCGGCAACUACCACGACGUCUUCUGUAACACUUCUCGACAGAAUGCGACCGCCACUUCUGCUGCCACUAAGGCUUCUUCUACAUCCUCUGGCACUACCGGUACUUCGACUUCGACUUCGACUCACAAUGCUGCUGUUGCGAACCAGCCCGUGUCCAAGUCUGGGCUUGGCCUCGUGGCUUUGAUGUUUGGGUCGGCUUUCAUGGCAGCAUUUUCUUAA